AUGCAAUGAAAUCGGCAGUGGCGUUUCGAAACGCCUACUUUACCAUCUCCCGCUCCUUAAAGCCGAGCCUUAACCGUUCCUUGUUUCUCUUCUCUCUCCAUUCGCUCCCAACCUUCGCCGUUUCUCCUCCUCCUUCUCGGCGACUCAGGCCCGAAACGUUUCCCUCACUCUCCGCCACUAUCUGUUCCUCGACCAUGGCGGCCGAUGAAGCCAACGAGCCACCCCCUUCGUCCCCUUCCUUGGAGAAGCAGUUCGAGAGCUUCCGCGUUCAGCUCGAUGAGUCCGGUAGCUUGCGGGAGCGCAUUCGAGCUGUCGUGAUGGAGAUCGAAUCCACCACCAGGCUCAUGCAGGCUGCUCUACUCCUCGUCCACCAGUCUCGCCCUACUCCUGAAGUUUUAGAGAAGCCCAAGGCUCAAAUUGGUGUGCUUAAGGAGCUCUACAAUCGACUUGCUGAAGUUCUUCGUGAUUGCCCUGCGCAGUAUUAUAGAUAUCAUGGGGAUUGGAAGAGUGAAACACAGACCGUGGUUUCGCUGCUUGCUUUCCUGCAUUGGUUGGAAACGGGAAAUCUUCUGAUGCAUAGUGAAGCUGAGGAAAAGCUUGGCUUGAACAAUUUAGAUUUUGGUCUGGAUGUUGAAGACUAUCUUAUUGGUCUUUGUUUCAUGUCGAAUGAAUUGCCGAGAUACGUGGUGAACCAAGUGACGGCAGGAGACUAUGAUUGCCCAAGAAAGGUGUUGAAGUUCCUGACAGAACUUCAUGCAGCCUUCCGUAUGCUUAAUCUCCGGAAUGAUUUCCUGCGCAAGAAGUUUGAUGGUAUGAAGUAUGAUCUAAGAAGAGUUGAAGAAGUUUACUAUGAUGUGAAGAUUCGAGGCUUGACAGCCAAUGACGAUUCAACUGGAGACCAAACAAGCCAAGGACAACCACAGGUCACAUGAGUGGUAUAUUUUUACCUCUCAGUUUGUUUUCAUUACCUCCUUAAGUUAAAAGCUGUAAUUUUUUUUUUCUUUUUUUAACAGAGAGACAGUCGGCUAUGUAAUUCCAAGAACACUUCUUUUUUUAUUUAUUUUUAUUUUUUUCAAUGGAGUAAAAAAAAAGUCUGAUUAGGGAUU